GAGAGAUAGAGAGAGAGAGAGAGAGAGAGAGAGAGAGAGAGAGAGAGAGAAAGAGAAUGAAAGAGUAUGUGUAUGAGAAAUAGUAGUAUGAAUGAAGGGGAGGAAAUGGGCUAUUUAAAUAACACACUACGCAUCAUUGAAGAUGAAUUUUAAGGGUUCUUGCUCGAGAAACAGAUAUUCAUCACCGAAACCGUUUCCGUGCGACAAGUGCGAUAGGGCGUACAAGAACAAGAGCAGCCUGACACGCCACCAGAUCGUCGAGUGUGGUAAACUGCCUCAGUUCAUCUGCAGAACUUGCAACAAGGGAUUCAAGCAAAAGGGCAACUUUCAACGGCACAACUCGAAGAUACACGGCCAUAUUUUCCUUCUAGGAUCGUGAACGACCAUCGAUGACCAAGAAUGAAAACAAACAAACUCCUCCCCUGUCUCCUUCCCCCCUCCCCUUCCCCCGUUCUUCCCCCACUCCGUCCCCUCCCCUCGUCAUCGCUCAAGAUAUCUAUCCAUCCAUCCUCCACUGUCCACUCCAGUUCUAACUAGUUCUUCAUCACUUUUUUCACUUCAGAGAAGAAGAGAAUAGAAUUUUUUUCCUGCGAUACUCGUUAUCAUCAUCGUUAUUUCUCACGCGUGCAUAGCUUCGUGCAACAUUUAUCUAAUUAUUUUUUUAUUUUUUUUUUCCCCUCUUUCUCUCUCUCUCUCUCUCUCUCUCUCUCUUUUAAUGCAACUAUGUUACAUUUAUCAAGUGAAUCGAAUACAUACAAUUAAAUAGCGAGUAAUUAAAUAGAAUACAAGGUUGGCACGUGCAAGGUUCGAAAAUUUAAUGUUGCGAAAUCUUACACGAAAUUUUUUUUUUGUUUCUGUUCCGAAAUUGU